AUGCCGGUUAAUGCCAAAACAAAUCCCGAAGAGCGGAAACGAGGCGAGGUUGCCCUCAGCGAGUUUGCCGAGUACGCCGAGAAGCAGCAAACCCACCGCUCAGCUGUCGCUGUGCCCCCCAGUGACAGUGGCUACGAAACUGGAAGUGUAGCGCCUAGCCUAGAAGAUCAUGCCGAACUCGACAUUUUGGAUCAACUCUGCCUUUCGGAUACCCCCCGCACCGUCAAGUUGAAAGAGCUCCUGCUAGGAACCGGAGAGGAUAAUGAGAACAGCCUGCAGUUGCUAGCUGGCACAAUACAAGCGCGCACUGAUGAGGGCCUCGGUGAGACCAUUUUCGACCUUGGUCUCGAGGACGGCGGGGACUCAAUGGGCUUCAACCUUGCGCAAUGGGAGACCGCGCUACAGCGGCUGCGCGAGGCUGCCGAGACUAUCCCAGCUCACUGCCGAAUCCUUCUUACCUACAACGUUGGAGGCCCUCAGGAGUGCCCAAUGAAGGCUGACCGACCGAAAGACGUGUGGGGGAAGGUGCUUAUCCGUCAACAUGCGGUCAACAUAGAGGAGAUGGCGGAGAUUCGGAUGGCGGUGGUGGGUAAUGUCGAUGCAGGAAAGAGCACCAUGCUUGGUGUACUAGUAAAGGGUGGCCUUGAUGACGGUCGUGGUCGUGCACGAGUCAACCUCUUCCGUCACAAGCAUGAAAUGGAGAGUGGGCGAACUAGCUCUGUCGGACUGGAGAUUAUGGGAUUCGACAGUCACGGCGAGAUUGUCGCCAAUUCGGCAGGCCGAAAACUUUCCUGGGAGGAAAUCGGGAGAAGGGCCGCCAAGGUGAUUUCUUUCUCUGAUCUUGCGGGCCACGAGCGGUAUCUGCGAACUACCGUCUUUGGCAUGCUGAGCAGCAGCCCCAACUACUGUUUGCUGAUGGUCGCCGCAAAUAAUGGGCUGAUCGGUAUGAGCCGUGAGCACCUGGGCAUUGCUCUCGCACUUAAUGUGCCCGUCAUGGUCAUUGUCACUAAGAUCGACAUUUGCCCGCCCCAGAUCCUCCAGGAAACUCUGUCUCAAUUGAGGAAGAUCCUCAAGUCGCCUGGCGCGCACAAGAUCCCUGUUUUCGUCAAGGACAUGGAGGAAACCAUUAACACAGCGGGUCAGUUCGUCAGCCAGCGAAUCUGUCCUAUUUUCCAAGUCUCCAAUGUAACUGGCGAGAAUCUGGAUCUGGUCCGAACAUUCCUGAACAUCCUUCCCCAUCGGGGCCAAUAUGACCAGCAUGGUGCCUUUGAGUUCUUGAUCAACGACACCUUCUCCGUCCCCCACGUGGGUACUGUGGUCUCUGGUGUAGUCAAGUCUGGUGUCAUCCACGCCGGUGACUCGGUCGUGGUCGGACCUGAUUCGCUAGGCCAAUUCACCACGACUGUCAUCAAAACCAUUGAACGAAAAAGGCUCCCUGUUAACGCCUGCUUUGCCGGUCAGUCGGGUUCUUUUGCGCUGAAACGCGUUCGCCGUAAGGAAGUGCGUAAGGGCAUGGUUGUCUUGAAGAAAUUGGACCAGCCACCUAAGGUUUACCGGGAGUUUGUGGCUGAAGUGCUGAUCCUUUCCCACGCUACCACCAUUAAACCCAAAUACCAGGCCAUGUUACACGUCGGAGCGGUCAGCCAGACAUGCUCCGUCAUUGACAUUGACCGCCCUUUCAUUCGGACGGGCGAUCGUGCUCUCGUUGCCUUUCGGUUCAUCCAGCGGCCCGAGUUCCUGGCUCCCGGCGAUCGUGUGCUCUUCCGAGAGGGUAAAACCAAAGGACUGGGCAUCGUAAAGAGAAUUGGCUAUGACCCUAACCAGCCGCUCAGUGCCAAGACAAAAGGUGACGCAGACACGCCGAAACCUGUGAAAGAGACAUGA